CUCCGCCGGUCUGCGUAUCCAAUCCAGUUCCCAGCCUGACGAUCUGACGAUGGUUCUCGUGUUGGGCUUCAGCCUACUGGCCACGCUGCUGGCCAGCUCGGCCGACACCGUUCUGGAGUGUCCGGCCGACUCGGUGACCCCCGGUACGGUGCAUUUGGCCCACCCGACGGACUGUCAACGGUACUUCACGUGCGUCGGAGCACGGAAGCUUGAGCAGCGCUGCCCGGCCGGGUUCGAGUGGAACGUGCUCGAGUCGUCCUGUGACCGGCCGGAGUUGGCCAAGUGUUCCUCGGCUGGCGGUCCUCGGCUGGCGAAGGAUCGGCGACCGGGUGGCGAUCUGGUCAGCAAGUGUCCGGCCCAGUUAACCCGCUGCCCACUGGACGCGGACCCGGCGAAGGAGGUGAUCUUCUUGCCGCACCGGGACUGCCGCAAGUUCUACGCCUGCGUCUCGACGGUGCCGACGGAGUUGAGUUGCCCGAAGCGGCUGUACUGGAAUCAGGAGUCUUGUCGGUGCGAAUACGAACGGCCGGACGGGAAGGAGUGUGACCAGGACGGUGGGGGUCGCGUUCGGGUGCGCCGAUCGGACGAUGACGGUACCACAACGACCGAGACACCGCUUCAGUCGGGUGCCAACCUUCGAUCCUUUUCUUCCGUGGCGAUCCUACUCGGAACGCUGCUGUUAAAUCUGGAUUUCUGAGAGCGACCGCAUGGAACUUCUCCAAGUGCUUUGCACGAAUUUACGGAAGACCUUGAGUUGGAGGUGUGAUCAGAAAAAAAGGACUGUAAUUUGAUAUAGAAUAAAAAAAAACGGGUGUUAAUGUAAGAAGCAGCUUUCUAAAACACGAACAAACCUUCGAUAAGUCAUGUCCAAUAGUCCGCGUGGCCCAAAUGGGCUUAAUUUUUACGCCGCCUAACGCAAGCACGUAUCCCAACAUUCUUAAUGGU